AGAUGAAUAAUUAAAUGGGUUUGGGUUGACGCCAAAAAGCGCGUCACACAUGUCGGAGAAGAGCGCACGUAGGCAGCUCGCUGCCUUAAAUGCCGACAAUUUAAUUUUUCCUAAGUAAUUCCGUGCCCUUGUCCACACAAACACAACACACACAACUCUCUCUCUCUCUUUUCACUCCCUAAGAACGAACCUCAACCCCACCCAACCAAAAGCUUCUCUUCACUGAUUGGAGUGAUCCACCGCGACACCUCACGCGCCGCCUUGUUAUUAUCUUUCUCUCCUCUCAAUUUGUUUAAUAAUUCAAGUAUAAAAACAUGGGUUCCACACACCGCCAGUUCGUUUCAGGUUUCAGGUACGGGAAUGCGUGCAAAGAGAAAGACACAUAUCCGGAUACCUGACCCGCAAGGUUUCGGUGCAGUCUCAUCGUUGUUUUACGCGCUUCAUUUAGCGCGUGGAUUGUUGUUUUUAUUUGUUUUUUCGCUAAAUGAAAAGAAAAUUAUGUUACAUGUUUUAUUACAUUAUUAUAAUAAUAAUAAUAUAUUGCUUGCUUGACUACUUGUUGGUGAGCUUUGCAGGUCAUAGUCGUACCAUCACUCACGUCCUCACGCGACUACUGGCAAUUUCUUUAAUACAUAAAUUCAGUUUUAAUUAAUUAUUCUUUUUAUUUAUUUUUUUUAAGUUUUACCGCGCAGUAAGAGUGUGACAAAGAUUUGGAAUUGGAAUUUGGAAGAAGUUAAAAAUGACCGGGUGAACCGGUUACCAAUAACGGUGUUGGUAGGAUUCAGAAAACGGGAAAGUAUAUGAAGGGGUUUGAGGGACGACAGCUCUUUUCUGCAGAGAAGCUAAACCCAAAAAAUUAAAAAUAAUAAUAAUUUUUUUAUAUAUAUAAAAAAACCUAAACUAAAUUAAAUUGAUGACCACACUCUCUGUCUCCUUUUAUCUUCUCUUCUGAAACUAUACCCAAAUUCUCUUUUCUUUUCUAUCUAUCACUUUUUUUUUCUUAGCUAAGUGCUCCAGCUUAGUUAAUAUAUAAGUUGGUUGUGAGUAUUUUUCCAUUUUUCAAUUAAUUUAGCUUUGGAUUUUUGAAGUGGUGGGGUAGUUUGUCGAUCAAUGGAGUUUGAAGAUCAAGAAGAACACGAUGAGGAGAUGGAGAUGGCAGCGAGCUACGACUCGUUGGGUAACUCGGGAUCAGGGCGAGUCAAAAUGCCGAGUUCGGGCGGAGUAGCAACAGCAGCAGCAGGAGCCGGUGAAGGAGUGAUGUCUCAGUCGGCGAGCCAGCCGAGGAAGCCGAGGUACAGAGAGUGCCAAAAGAACCACGCCGUGGGUAUGGGCGGUUACGCACUCGACGGCUGUGGCGAGUUCCUAGCAGCCGGCGCCGAAGGCUCACUGGACGGGCUAAAAUGCGCCGCGUGCAGCUGCCACCGCAACUUCCACCGCAAGGAGACCGAUUCCGGCGGAAUAACGGCAGACCCAUACGGUGGUCCCCUCGUGCCCCACCACUACCCACAUCCACAAUUGUCGCCUUACUACCGUACGCCCACCGGGUACCUCCACGUGGCGCCACACCAUAGGCCGCUGGCUCUACCUUCUACAUCUGGCGGAGGAGCAGGCAGUCACAGCCGUGAAGACCAGGAGGACGUUUCGAACCCGAGCGGAGGAGGGGGAAGCGGGUUCGGAUUCGGGUCUGGGUCGUCCAGUAAAAAGCGCUUUCGGACCAAGUUCAGCCAGGAACAGAAGGAUAGGAUGUUGGCAUUAGCAGAGAGGUUGGGUUGGAGGAUUCAGAAGCAAGAUGAGGCGGUGGUUCAGCAGUUCUGUAACGAGACCGGAGUGCGGCGUCAGGUGCUCAAGGUUUGGAUGCAUAACAACAAGCACACUCUUGGUAAGAAACCCUAGAAAGAGAUGCAAUGAGAUCAUUAUCUUCAUAACUAGAAACCCAACAAAAAGAAAAAUGCAUUAUAAGCCCAAGAAGAGAAUUAUGAAGGAGAAAAAAAAAAUUGAUCAUCAUAUAUGAAACUGUUAUUGAUCGUCGUGGGUAUUAAUAUUAUGUUGUUAUUAUUCUUGGUCCAUCCCCCAAAAAAACUCUUAUUAAGUAGGUUUAGGUGUAGUUUUAGUAGUAAAAACGGAAUGAGAGAGUGUUGUUGUUGUUGCUGUUUUUUCUUUUCUUCUAAUUAUUUAAGUUAUUAUUCUCUCUAGCUAUCUCUUUCUCUCUCUCUCUCUACCCUUUGCACUGAAAGAAAGAAUUAACGUUGAUGGUACGGGUUCAAGUUGUUGCUGCUGCUGCUGCUGACUGAUCAGUGUGAUCACUUGUCGAGAAAUUCUACUAGUUUUCUCGAGAUUUUAUUUAGUUUUUAGGGUUUUUUUUUUCUCUUUUUAUUGGUGGAGUUUUGUAGUUUAAAUGAAUGGAACAUUUUAUCA